UCCCAAAUUACAUUUUAUCAAAACGCAUACUAAAUAUAUGAUUUUUUUUCUUUUUCUUUUUGAUAUUUCAUCAGUUAGGCACCUACUAAAUAUAGUAUGAUCUCAGUCAACACAUACAAAAUCUUUCAAGUUGUCUUUAAUUUUUUACCAAGAAUAUUCAAAUGACAAGUACAAUAAUGCAUCUUAGCUAAUUAUAUGACCAGGUUCACUUUAAUCUAUAUCUUCAACAAUGCAAUUCAUUUCUAUAUAAAUAAAUUACAAAUUCCAUACAUUGUCUUAAGAAAUUUAACCAAUGUCUUCCAUUAGCAAGUCAAACAAUCCAGCACUAGAUCCGGAUCUGGAUAACCCGGAUCAUAAGGGUCUGGAUUUUGCCCAGUUUGCAGCAGGAUGUUUCUGGGGAGUCGAAUUGGCUUUCCAGAGAGUUGAAGGAGUUGUGAAGACGGAGGUCGGGUAUUCUCAGGGGAAUGUACAUGACCCGAAUUACAAGCUUAUUUGCACCGGAACUACUGAUCAUGCUGAGGUUAUUCGGAUCCAGUUUGACCCGAAUGUAUGCCCGUAUAACAAUCUACUUUCUCUGUUUUGGAGUCGCCAUGAUCCCACCACUCUAAAUCGCCAGGGUAACGAUGUGGGAAAGCAAUACCGCUCAGGCAUAUACUACUAUAAUGAUGCUCAGGCUCAACAGGCAAGGGAAUCAUUGGAAGCUAAGCAGAAGGAAUUUGCGGAUAAGAAGAUUGUCACAGAAAUUCUUCCUGCAAAGAGAUUUUAUAGAGCAGAAGAAUAUCAUCAGCAAUAUUUAGAGAAGGGUGGGGGCAGAGGUGCUGCGCAGUCGGCUGCAAAGGGCUGCAAUGAUCCAAUAAGGUGCUACGGUUGACCUAAGUCUUUGUAUGUCAAAGCAACUAAAAGAACUUGUUGGGCAUUCGUCUUGCUUAUGUUUUAAAUAAAUAUGUUAAUGGUUCUUGAUAUUUUCUAUAAUUACUUGUUCUCUUGAAUGGAAUGACUAAUAGUCGUAAUGUAUUUUCUCUUGGUCGUUA